AUGCUCCACCAUUAUUUCUCUAAACUUCUCAUCUCCUCUCAUGUCUUCCGUGGCCUGGGAGCAGAUUCCAAUACGGAUCCACUCCCUACUGAGUUCGAAGACCUGGCUUAUGUCGCAAUUUCCUCAGCAAAGUCGGUCUUAGAGCUCAUAGCAAAUGAUGCAGACCUUAUAAUCGCCUUUGUUAGCAUUCCACACUAUUAUCACACCAUGAUUGCAUUUGCGUGCUCCUUCCUGUUGAAGAUUUCGAAAAGGUAUCAAAGUCAUAUCAGCAUUGAUGCUACACUGGUCAUGGAUACCGUCAAGCCCGUUAUAAAGCUUUGCCUCGACACUGAGUGUACCAGCUACCACCUCAUCCAUUGGAUCGGACGUGGUCUUCAAAUGCUCCUGGCAAACUACGUGAAUCUCAUGAGGGAGGGUAGCCAACAAAUGCAAAUUCACCCCCGUGACGAUACAGAUCAGACUGUGCGCAUCCCUUUCUAUAUGUCUGACAUUCCAACGCGUGUGGAUGGAAACGCAAUGCAGGUUAGCUUGAACGACAGCAUAUGGGAAACGGCCUCCUCGAUCGUGUAUAACGAUGGGCUGCCCAUGAGUUUACAAUGUUAUCCCAAUCUUCCUGCACCAGUGGCAGAUUCGAUGUUGGCAUCUUCGCAGCAUGAUCUGAAUACUUUUACGGAAUUUCCCAUCGAUCCGUAUGCACCAUUUCCUUCAGUCGAGCAUCUUGGACUUGGUUUGCUGUGA